AUGGCUCGUGUGACAAACCCUCUUCUGAAGAACAUUGUCAUCAGAACUCAGUUUGACAGCGUCAGGAGGAAACAGUGUCUCCAGUAUCUGAACACCCUGAGAACUCUGCAAUAUGAUGGGUAUAAGACUGUGUAUUUUGGGGAAACUGAGAUCCCAGAAACUCUUGUCACUGGGGAAGAUUUUAGUGACAGCUACUACAUGAACACUCCAACCUGGUGUAUUCUGCAUGCUGGAGGCAGUCAAGGGUGGGUGCCUUGGAAAUACCGGAUGUUCUUAAGAGACGACCUGUGCAUCAAACCGGAAGACAGCCUCUUCUUUGAGUUCUGUGACGUUGUGAAGAAGGCCUAUGGGAAGUGCGCCAUCGUGGUCAAAGGACGGAGGCGACAAGAGGAGACAAAACCGCAGGCGGACAAGGAGGGGGGCGCCCAGGCCUGUGCCCCAGCAAGCAUUAACUUAACCAGCAUCGUGUGUUCUCCGGGAGUGGCCAAGUCCUAUGGCCAUGAACUCGUCUCCCUGCCCUCCCCCUAUAACUACCUGAACCCCUUAGACUCUGCCUGGUCUUCUAUGAAAUGGUUCAUCAUCAACAACAGGAAAGAGUUUUGUCUGCAAUCUGUCGACAACGUCUACACUUACCAGUACAUUCUUUUCAGCGACUUAAUUAGCAAAGGGAUUGAAAAAGUCAGCCUGAGCAAGUGGAAGGCCCUAACCAGCAAGGUGCGGAGAUGGGAGAAUUACUACCUGGGGAAGUUUUCUUAA